AUGGCGCGCUGGGUGUGCUUUCUUCUGAUCCCCCUGGCAACCGGGAUCCGGUCAAAGAGCGAUACGCCCUGGCCGUGGGAGGAGCACCCGGCGAGCUCGGCGGAGGAGCUUCAGGAGCUCCUGAGAACCGCGCUGGCGCAGACAAGACCAAAUGAGGCCACCGGGGAAGAGCCCGGCGAUGCAGUAGCACAGGAGGAGGCGCUUAGAGAGCGGAUUGCCAGCAUCAGGAAAGACUGGCAGAGCGCAAGCGCAACCGCUUGCCAUCGGCAGCUGGGGCGGUUGAUAAACAACGUCACGCUUGCAUGCGAAGGCUUGCAGCCGAAAGCCGACUGGCUUCUCGACUACCAAGUGCCGGCCCUUCCGAACAAGACGUGUGCCGAGAGCACCAGUGACAUCUUCGCUUUAGGAAGUGAACUUGUGGAAACCCUCCAUGUCUCCAGAGAUGCUAUAGCUUUCGGGGAUGUGGCCGGCGAAACGCUCCGUCGAUAUCAGGCACUCUCCUUUCUAAGCAGCUGGCUGGUGAAGCUGACUGAGACUCAUGAUCGUGCACUGCUUUGGGCCGGCUUCUGGGAUGGGGACCCCGAGAACCGCACGACCCGGGCGACACUCUCCAACUUUGCCAAGGCAAUAGAGCACGCGACCAUCCACCCGAACAGCUUCCUGGGCCAAGCCAUCGAGGCGAGCGAAAACCUUGACUCCUGCUACAAGGACCCCCAGACCAGGGCUCUUGCGGGUAACAUGUGGUCCAUCGCAAGCAUGAGCUUCGUUCUCGGGAUGCGUGAAAGGGCACAGGGAGCGGUCAUCGCAUUGGUCAACAAGCAGAUCGCGGGCGAGCGUAACUUGUCGCAGUCCGUGCUGUCCACGCAUGAACUCCCAACAGUGGGGCUCGCAGCCUGGGGCCUCGGGUUCUGGGCCCCGAAAGUGCUGGUCGUGGACCUCAUGGGCACAUGCGACAAAACGAGCCCUGCGCUGCAGAAGCGGCUUCUCGCCCGCCUGCCGUCUUGGGCCAGGUUUAUGACGAACUGGAGCCCAGAAGCCUUCGCGAUGAGGUCGCGGCUCCGGUGGCAGUGCAUCGACUGCUCGGGCGCUUGCAGCCUGGACCUAUCCUUGGCAGAGCACGUGGAGAAGCUGGUCAAGGCCAAAGAGGAGCAGGACCGGAAGGACAAAGAGCUGCGCGAGGUCACAAGCCGUCACCUCGCGGUCGGCGCCGCGAGCGGGCUGAGCCAUGAGGAGGUGGGCCUCCGGUACAAGCUGAUGGCGACACUGUGGGAACAUCACGACACCAGAGACAACCUACCACAUUUGCAGGCCGUCACGGCUGCGCUGGACAAAAAGCUCAACGAACAAAGGGAGAAGCUUGAGUUUCACGAGCUCGACCGCUCAGCCAGGCUGCUUCAAGUGAAGCAUCUCCUCCACCAGAAUGCUGAUCCGAACGUUCCGGACCGGCUUGGCAACACAGCCCUCUUUUAUGCCGUUUAUGCUGCAUGCGAGAGAUACUUUGAGCUGGUCGAGCCGUUGGUGAAGGCUGGAGCCCAGCUGGAGGCCCAGAACGAGGAAGGCGACACAGCCCUGAUGUGGGCUGCUAGCGUUGGCCAGCUGAAGGUGGUCGAGGUGUUAAUGCAGGCCGGAGCACGGCUGGAGACGCGGAACCAGCUCGGCUUCACAGCCUUAAUGUCGGCUGCCAGCAGUGGCUAUUCGAAGCUGGUGGAGGCCUUGGUGAAGGCUGGAGCCAAGCUGGAGGCGCGCACCGAGCAAGGCAUCACGGCUUUGAUCUAUGCUGCAGGGAAAGGGCAAGCCAAGGUCGUCGAGGUGUUGGCGAAGGCCGGAGCGAAGCUGGAGGCCCAAUCAAAGCAAGGCUUUACAGCCCUCAUCUUUGCUGCAGGGCAGGGGCACGUGAAGGUGGUCGAGGCGUUGGUGAAAGCAGGAGCCCGGGUGGAGGCUCAAAGUGAGCAAGGCUUCACAGCCCUCAUGUGGGCUGCUAGGGGUGGCCACCUGAAAGUGGUUGAGAUGUUGGUGAAGGCCGGAGCGCAGCUGGACGUCCGCAAUACUUCUGGCUUCACCGCCCUCAUGCUCGCUGCUGGCAGCGCCCACCUGAAGGUGGUCGAGGUGUUGGUGAAGGCCGGAGCCAAGCUGGAGGCCCACGAUGAGCAAGGUUUCACAGCCUUCACGUGGGCUGAAGCCAGAGGCCACCUGAAGGUGGUCGAGACGUUGGUGAAGGCCGCCGCACUGAGCCUACAUUGA